AUGGCUGAAAUGUUCGGCGAGGACUUUUCAAUAUCUAAGCUCGCGAUUCCCGCAGUUAGUGUGCUGAUCGCCUUCCUCGCCUACACAUCACAGUACUUCUUUCUGCACUUCGAGUCUGUGCCACUCACAAGAGACGAAACUUGGAAAAUCAAUAUCUUCGCCUUGUGCAUCUGGAUAUGUUAUUAUCGAACAUGCUUCGUAGACCCGGGUCGACUUCCCAAGGAUGAAGAGCGACCGAAACCGAAAGAGCAAGAAGGUGCCGCUCUCGCUGGUCGCCAGCGAUGGUGUCGUAGAUGCGAAGCUUAUAAACCGCCUCGCGCUCACCACUGCAAGACUUGUCAAAGGUUGGAUGAGGAAUGCCUGAUGUGGAGACUUUUGCUGAUCUUCUUCCAGAUGCAUUCCGAAAAUGGAUCAUCAUUGCCCCUGGACCUCGAACUGCGUCUCACAUUUUACCCUUCCGCAUUUCAUGCGAUUCUUAUUUUAUGCCACUGUUGGUAUGUCUUAUUUGGAGACUCUUCUUUGGCAGCGUGCCUCAUUUGUUUGGAGGAACAGCCAUCUGCCAAGCUUUUCGGUCUCUUUGUUCUUCUGGUUAGGAGCCUUUGGGCAAUUGGAUCUAACACCACCACUAUUGAAACAUGGGAAAUCGAGAGACAUGCUACUCUUGUCCGUCGAGCCCGUGUGCUGGGCGGGUAUCUUGAGGGCCCUGGAGGAAUUCGAGUCCAGAUAAGAAAGCAGGAAUACCCAUACGAUAUUGGGAUUUGGGCCAACAUCAAGCAAAGUAUGGGCGGGAGCGCGAAUGUCAUAAGCUGGUUCUGGCCAUUGGCUGCAACGCCUGAUCGUAGGUCUGGUUGGGAAUUCGAGACCAAUGACUUUGAGGAUCCUGGUGUGUCAUGGCCGCCUCCGGACCCAGAUCGAAUCCCGAUGCCGGUCAGUGCAAGACCACCCAGCAAUGUCAGCAUGCCUACGUAUGCAACUAUCCAGGAUGAGAUUGAUGCCUUCAACCGUCGCAAAGAGGAAGAUAUGAAGCGAUUCCAGCGAACUUCAGGUGUACAACGUCGGAAACCAUUCCAUGAUCGGUACAGAAAGGACGAAGAUGCUGGAAGUGAAAGUGCCGAGUCCGAAUCUAACUCCGAGGGUGAGUCAGACGAAGGCGAAGAGUCCUGGCGAAACGCCGAAGGAGAACGACUACGUGACUUCGGGGUGGAUGAGGAAGCAGAGUUCUAUGACGAGGAGGACAUUCCUCUUGGCGUUCUCAUUGAGCGACGAAAGCAAAAGUCUGCCAACUGA